GGGUGCAUUUGGAAACAUGUGCCGUGGAGGACGUAUGUUUGCCCCCACCAAGACCUGGAGGCGCUGGCAUCGUAGAGUCAAUUUAACUCACAAGAUAUAUGCAGUUUGCUCUGCACUGGCUGCUUCAGCCCUUCCUGCCCUUGUCUUCUCCAAAGGUUUAUGCUUCCCAGCGUCUACGUGCUGGUAAGGGUAAAAUGAGAAACCGCCGCCGCAUCCAGCGUAGAGGACCUUGUGUUAUCUACAAUGAAGACAAUGGCAUUGUUAAAGCCUUCAGAAAUAUCCCAGGAAUCACGCUCCUCGGUGUAAAGAAACUGAACCUUUUGAGGUUGGCUCCAGGUGGUAACGUUGGACGGUUCUGCAUUUGGACCGAAAGUGCCAUCCGCAAGCUGGAUGCCCUCUAUGGCACGUGGCGCAAACCAGCUACCCUGAAGGCAGAUUACAACCUUCCCAUGCACAAAAUGACAAAUACCGAUCUGGGCAGAAUCCUGAAGAGUCAAGAGAUACAGAAGGCUUUACGUGCUCCAAUUAAGAAGGUGAAGCGCAGAGAACUCAAGAAGAACCCACUGAAGAACUUGAGAAUUAUGUUGAGGCUCAAUCCAUACGCAAAGACGGCAAAACGCAAUGCUAUCCUGCGCCAGGCUGAGAACAAUAAGAAAAAACGAGAGGCGGGCUGCAGUGGCAGCAAAAACUUCAGCAGCCACAAAGCCUGAGGAAGCCAAAUCUGAAGCAUCUGCCACCAAGCCUGCAGAAGUCAAAACUAAAGCAGCUACCACCAAGCCAGCAGCUAAAGCAAAAACUAAAGCAGCAAAGAAAGCCUAACUUUGACUUGCUGACGUUCAGCACUUUGGAUUCCUUCUCAAUAAAUGCUGUUUACUAUUGAA